AUCGCUCAGACUGCACUGAGCGAGAGUCGAGAUGCGUUUUUUCACAGCAACAGCCGUGUUUGUCCUGGUGUCGGCGUGUGCGGCGCAGCAAUGUACCUUCAGGGAUAGCGGGUUCAAGCAGUGCAUCAAUAAUUACACCAACUGGAUUCAAGUUCAAUUCGCCCAAACGAAGGACCUGACGGUGCGCAUGAUCAACGCGAUUCCCGAGCCCCGGGAGAAACUCGGUGGAGCGCACGGUCUCGAUUCUCGUCCAAAUCAUCAUCAUCAUAUCGGUGCUCCGUCGCUGCGAAACAACAACGUGCUCCUACGCAGAGAUCUACGAGCUGUGGAGGAUAACGACUUGGAUUCGUCAUCUGAGGAACUCGCGACCCCCGCUGCCCAUGUUAAGCACGACUCCGAUCAUCAUUUCAGCGGCCAUGGAGCUCAGUUGUCUUCCGAAGAAGGCGCCGUUGCCCGAGGUCUCUCUUGGCAACAAUUCAAACGAGAAGUCGUCCAAGUUAUCGAGUCGGUGAUCGACAGCGCGUGCCAAGGGAUAACGAACGGCGUUGAGACCAUGACUCAUCCGGGAGGCAUACACGAUAUCCGCUCGAUAGUCUGCAUCUACAGCAGUGUUUCGACGGUGAAUAUCAAGGCCUCCUUCGCCUUGAAUGAAAUCUACGAGAGGCUCAACAAUGAGCAGAGACCCCGCUUCGAGAAGGGACUUGCAGUGCCUCUGCUGAUGGCGGCUAAGCGCAUUGGAGAAGUCAAGAAGGGAAUGGAGAAAGAGAUUCCGAUCUGUUAUUCCCUAUUGGUGUGAGACCUAUACCUGAGCCGAGAGUUCACUCGGAAUUGAAUAAAUUAGUAGAGAGUCCUCACCGCGGAGA